AAGCCGAUCUUGCUGCAGGGAGGAGCGAGCGGAGUGCAGUUGAGCUGAGCCGAGCAUCAGCCCCGCAUUCAAGGAAACGGGCAAACACAGCACUUUUUCCUCCACUUUCCAUAAUGUUCUAACCUCCGUGGUGGACGAGUCUCCGCCGAGAAGAAAUCAGCAUCUUCCAUGUGGAUUCAUAUGGACGCAGCUGGUCUCUGAGCUGCUGGGAAUCUGAGCCCAGUCAAGGAAGACCCCCUCAAUUGUUUCCUGCGCCAAGAACUGUAAAGACAUGGUCAUCACAGCGCAUCUGUGAUGAGGAGCCACCAGUGAGCGUGAGGAAGUGUCAGAGGAUGCUCCUGAUCUGUGGGGCCCAGUGCUGAGGGAGGUCCACAGAGCUGACCGCUGCCCACCAUGUCUCACCACCACCAACACUACCAGCGAGGCCCCCACGGCCGCACCAUGAGCUCUGAGGACAGGAGCUCCACGCCAGUGAACAAGACCUCCACACCGGUUCACAAGAGCGCCUCCUCCUCCUCCUCUUCCCAGCGCGACAGCCGGCAGGAGGCGGACAGCUGGGAAAUAAUUGAGGGGCUGAAAAUCGGCCAGAGCAACGUCCAGAGGCCCGAUAAGCACGAGGGUUUUAUGCUGAAGAAGAGGAAAUGGCCCCUGAAAGGCUGGCACAAGCGGUUUUUUGUUCUGGACAACGGUAUCCUGAAGUACUCCAAAUCCCCCAUUGAUAUCCAAAAAGGAAAACUUCACGGCAGCAUCGACGUCGGCCUCUCAGUCAUGUCCAUCAAAAAGAGGGCCCGCCGCAUCGACCUGGACACCGAGGAGCACAUCUAUCACCUGAAGGUCAAAUCUCAAGACAUCUUUGACGCCUGGGUGUCAAAGCUGCGUCACCACCGGCUUUAUCGACAGAACGAGAUUGUGCGAUCUCCCCGAGAGGCCACCAUGAGAACGUUUCCUCCCUCGGCUGCCAUGGAGUCCCCCCAGCCCGCCCCAGCUGUGGUGAAUGAAGCCAAGCAGGCCAAGCCGAGCAGCUUGCCGUGGCAGCCGGCGGCCCCCAGCAGCAGCAGCAACAGCAGCCUGCCUGCUUCCUACAGCAACGGGCAGAGCAAGGUGGUGGCUUGGCUGCAGGAAUCAGAGGAGAUGGACAGGUGCGCGGAGGAGCUCGCACGCUGCCAGUCCAACCUGACUGAGCUUAGCCGGUUAUUGCAGAGUCUGGAGAUUCUACAAAGGACGCAGUCAGCGCCCAAUUUCACAGAUAUGCAGACCAGUUGCGUAGAAUUGUCAAAGAAAGAAAAGCGCUUGAACAGAAGAUGGAGAACAAAAAGUGUCGGCAAAGAUGCAAAAUUCCAGCUCCAGGUCCCGCUGUCUGCCAGCAUGUCCCCCGUCCGCCUCCACUCGUCCAACCCCAACCUGUGUGCAGAGCUGGUGGACUUUCAGCCCCCCGUCUCCCGCCUGACGGACAGCGUAGAGUGUGCCAGCGACUACAUUAAACUUCAGGAGGAAUUCUGCACCAUUGCCCAGAAAGUUCACUCGCUGCUGAAGUCGGCCUUCAACACUGUGGCCAUAGAGAAAGAAAAGAUCAAACAGAUCCUGUCUGACCAGGAACAGUCGGACCAGUCUGCCCAGAUCAACUCUCUCAGGAAGUCUCUGUCGCAGGCCCUGUCCCAAAAUGCAGAACUUCGAACUCGACUCAACCGCAUCCACUCUGAAUCUGUCCUGACUGAACAAGUUGUCAGUGUGAACAUCAUCUCCACUCCUGACGAGGCCGUGGAACAGAUGGGGAUCCCUCUGACUCAGCAGGCCUCUAAUGAGAGCCGACUCUCCAUGUCAGAGUCUGUCUCGGAGUUCUUUGAUGCCCAGGAAGUGCUUCUGUCAGCCAGCUCGUCAGAGAAUGAGGGCUCAGACGAUGAGUCAUACGUGAGCGAUGUGAGCGAUAACAUUUCCGAGGACAACGCCAGCGUGACUGAUAACGUCUCCAGACAAAUGGCCAAUGGAGACUUUGCUGGCUGUGCCUUCCGUAACGGGCGGCGCAUCUGCCUGCCGGCUCCCUGUCCAGACACCAGCAACAUCAACCUCUGGAACAUCUUGAGGAACAACAUCGGCAAAGACCUGUCCAAAGUGUCCAUGCCAGUGGAGCUCAACGAGCCCCUCAACACCCUGCAGCGUAUGUGCGAAGAGCUGGAGUACAGCGAGCUGCUGGACAAGGCUGCUGAGACCGAGGAUCCCUUUGAGCGCAUGGUUCUCGUCGCUGCUUUUGCUGUCUCAGGCUACUCAUCCACUUACUACAGAGCAGGAAGCAAGCCAUUCAACCCGCUGCUCGGAGAGACUUACGAAUGUAUCCGGGAAGACAAGGGCUUCUGUUUUUUCUCAGAGCAGGUGAGCCACCAUCCUCCCAUCUCUGCCUGCCACUGUGAGUCUAAGAACUUCACCUUCUGGCAAGAUGUGAGAUGGAAAAACAAAUUCUGGGGAAAAUCGAUGGAGAUUUUACCAAUUGGAACUGUAAAUCUCAUGAUUCCCAGAUUCGGAGAUCACUAUGAAUGGAACAAAGUCACCACCUGCGUACACAACAUCCUCAGCGGACGGCGGUGGAUCGAACACUACGGGGAGAUCACCAUCAGAAACACAAAGAGCAGCGCUUGCCUCUGCAAACUUACCUUCGUCAAGGGAAACUAUUGGAGUUCAAAUGUGAACGAGGUUCAAGGAUUUGUGAUGGACCAAGAAGGGAAAGUGAUCCACAGGCUUUUUGGAAAGUGGCACGAGGGCCUUUACUGUGGUGUUCCACCUUCUGCCAAAUGCGUCUGGAGGCCAGGCUCCAUGCCCACAGACUAUGAGCUCUACUACGGUUUCACCAGAUUUGCCAUUGAACUGAAUGAGCUUUGCCCCGAGUUGAAAGACGUCUUACCUCGUACAGAUGCCAGAUUCAGGCGAGAUCAAAGGCAUCUGGAGGAAGGGAACUUGGAGAUGGCGUCCUCAGAGAAGCAGCGUAUUGAGGACAUGCAGAGGGCCAGGAGGAAGUGGAACGAGGAGAACAACAUCAAACUGGAGCCACGUUUCUUCAAGAAAGUGGUUGAUGCCAAUCACAGGGAGAGGUGGGUCUCCAACAACACAUACUGGGAGCUCCGCAAAAACCCCGGCUUCAUCAACAUGGAAACCACCGUGAGCCUGUGGUAGCACACGUGUCCGUCACCACAGAAGAAGAAGGCCAUGACCUAUGCACAAUAAGGUGUUAGGAGCAACGAUAGAACAUCUGUGUGCAUGGAUACGAACGACUGCAGAGCUGAGGGACAGCCUGAUGCCCAGCGACCCUGUUCGAGGCUCUGUGGCGCUGCCACUCGGUCAUCCAUCCAUGGAAAAAUCCUGUAGGAUCACCUUCAUCGUGCUUGUCGAAGCUGGGUUGUCAGGGCAACAAUCUCACCACUCCUAUGUAGAUGUUUCCUCAGCUCUUUUGACUUCCGAGUAUGUCCUUGCCUUAAAAAGACACCCAUACGAGUCACACGAUUAGUUGAAGCCAUUUAAUUUCUGACAGCAGUUUGGUUAGACUAGUCUUUGAAGUAGACCUUUUGAUUACCUACGUGCAUGUUUAGAGAGCAGCUUUCACCGGCAUAACGCCGUAUUUACUAUAUCAUCAAUUAUUGUAGAAAAAAAGAGGUAUUUUUAUAAAAUAUCCUGGAUUCAGAAUUUAGUGAAAGAGAAUUAUGUGAGUUGGCAAAUUUUAUUUAUUUUUGCCUUUUAAUACUGUUGAAUCUGUGAGAUAGCAGUACUCUCUCCUGGGAAACAGCUCAUUCAAAAUUAAUCUCGACCGCAGGAGGAAGUAUUGGUUCCAUAGAUGGAAUUUUUAAUGAGUAAUUUUCAAAGCGGAACUAAGCUGAAGCAUGUGGUGGAAAGUGAAGUACCAUUUACAUGUGAAUCCUGUCGGGGUGUUUUGGUGUAUUGUAAAUAGAGGGGCAACCCCAGCCUGAGCAUUCCUCACCCUCCUCUGUCCCACCGUCUAAUUUUAAACAUGGUUACAUGAGACCGACUCCUCUGAAUCACACAGUUACAUAAAUAAAUACAUAACUCCCUCUUUAUAUAGUGGGCAUGCCUUCAGCCUGUCCGCCUUUUUGAAUGUGCUGCAGAUAAAUAUGUUCGUUUCAAUGAAAAAAAUAGACUCUCAAACAUUUAUCUGAAUCACUGGUUGAAGAAAAAAAGCCACAGGAGGUUGUAGAGAUUGUUAAACCGACCGUGACACUUGGCCUAUAAAAACAGACUUUAUUCAGUAGUGAAAUAUGAAUCAAAAAGUCACAUAUUUCCAUUACAAGAGCAAUCCAAGAUUUCUGACCUCUGCCAAGGGAAGAUGAUACGAAGUUGGAAAAUCUAAAUCCGAAGCCAGAAUCCAGAUCCUUAACCAGAUCAACACAAAAUUUGAAUGGAGUCUUCCCUGGGCCAAGAUCCACCUCUGUUGAAAAUUUCAUGAAGAUCCGACAAGUAGUUUCUGAGAAAUCCUGUCCACAGACACGCACACAGACAGACAAAUAAAUAAACGGACCCGAUUGCAUAACUUCCUUGGCGGAGGUAACAAGAUCAAACACUCAUCAGUUGUACAAGUAUAGAACUGCAGGAUGCGGUUAUUUUAAUCAGAAAAAAUAUUUAAUUAGUCAAUUUUUGCCAAAAGUAGUGAGCGAGUUAGACCAGUUUACCAAAGCCUAAAGAGAAUUAGUUGAAUUUACACUCACUUGUUCUGAUAGACAUGCCAAAAUUAUCAUUUAGAAUGAUAUAAAACAACAGAAAAAAAAUACCCUUGUUUGUGAAACUAGUACCAGCAAAUGUUUGGUAUAUUUCCUCAUAAAUUAUCCACAUUGAUAAUCACACAGAAAAAUCAUGAAUGCACUGUUUUUUGAUUAAUUAUUCAAUUAUGAAAUUAAUUAUCUCAGCAUUCCACAACUCAGAUGGUGGCGAGUUCAUUAUGAACCACCAGAGACACCUACAGGUCGACAUGUAAAAUGCAAGAAGUCAUCCUUAUCAAGAAGAGAUUUUGCUUUUGGAUCUUUUCGAUGUUUAAACCAAACAACAGUUGCAGUGUAUUAGAAUUAAAUUUGAAAUUUUAAUGUGUCUGAUUCCUCAGAGAAUUUACUGCUAUGUCGUGGGCUUCUGCAAAGCACCACUCACUUAUUUGAAGUUUGUAUAUUUAUUGCAAAGCAGAUUAGCUUUAAUGUUUUAACUAGUAGCCCCCUUUUUUGUUUUUUAGUAAAACAAUGAACUGUACUUGGGGCCUUUGAAAGCAACCCCAACCCACUCAAGUAGUCACACACUGUCUGUGGGCACAUUUCAGUUGAUCCUUGUUCAGGACUGCAGGCUGAGGACACUGGAGGAGGAAAAGAGCGAAUAUAAAUAUGUAGAGUGAAAACUGUGUGAAGCAAAUCCAUCGUGUGUGCACUGUUCACAUGGUACUGUAGAUUAAAAACCAAAAAAGUAGUACUGCUUUGCAUCCAUGUACUUUAAAAAAAAAAAAUCUACUUGUGUGCAUAUCAUUUUUAUUUUUCCCUGACUCACAGAACUCAAUGCUACAACUUACUGUCAGCGUCAGUUUCACUUGCUGUGCCUUAAUGCAUUUAUUAAUGCCUCACAAACACACAACUGAUGAGAAUCCCAUGCCAAGAAGAAGGUAUGCCAUUAACAAGUCAAACUCCACUCAUUCUCCACACUCCACCUGCCUACAGAUGAUUAAACACACUGACAAACAGCAUCGAGGAUUUAACUAGCGGAUGGAAUAUUUUAAGGGAGAUUUCUGUGACAUUAGAAGAGUAGAAGAGUUUUAUCUGUCUGUAAAAUGCUUGCAGUGUUUCAACAUGUUCUGCACUGCUCUGCUACUCCAACAUGUAACCAAGACAUUUUGGUGAUCACUAUAAAUACAGCACAUUUAGAAGAAGGGGCACUACUGCAAAAAUUUCCCCCCUCCUACAUCAGUGACUAAAUCACAGCAGUUGUGUGCAGAGGUAGGGGCAGUGCUUUGCAUAGCGUUUGGUAUCAUAGAGUCAGAACGUAGUGGAUAAAAAUAAAAAAAAAGAAAACCUCAAGCUUUCUUCAUCCAUCAUUCUACCUGCAUGUCUAGACAACUUAGCUUGCCAAUGAAUGUUGCAGAUGCCUUACAAAAAAUGGGUUUUCUUUUCUCAAUUGGACACAUGUUUUCUGUUCGUUUUGUUUUGGACUGACACGCAUCAUGAAGCACUAUGUCAGCUCAAAAAUCGAUUUCCUAAUGGGUACCUUCUAAAGUGCAAUUUUAACAAAGUACAUAUCUUUCAAUGAACACUGUACACUGCUGCUACAUAGUGCUUGUUCUAAUAAAACUGCAAAACUCAA